AUGACUCCUCGCCUCGGCGACCGCGAUGUUGCGAUUGCUGUAUCCAAGCUGAUGUUCACCGCUAUUCCCCACUGUAACUGCCACCCUCGCCUCAGUUCACACACUAAAUCACAGGGGCAGCCCAUAACAAUAAAGCCACAUUUGAUUCUGCAGACUAAUGUUACUGGGAACGCAACAUUCUCCAGAAACAUUACCAUACAAAUUUAUCUGACCCCAAACAGCAGAACCUCCAGUGAUAUCUUGUCUGAAGAAGGUGAAGAUGGAAUAUUGAGAGUACAUCGAAUCUGCCCUGAUGAAUCUGAUUGUGAGCUCUUCCUGUCUUCAGUAAAGUACUUUUUGUUGGAAUUGGCUGGGACUUUGGCAGGACUCUCCUGGGGUGCUUGGUCCACUCUGGUCUUCGUUAUAAAUCAGAUAGAAAGCUAAUGUUUAGGAGGAGCAUGUUCAUACAUUUAGUUUAGUUUUGUGUAUUCAAUUAAAACUAUAUCAAUUCAUGUAAUGAUCUCAUAUAUUUAAUAAAUAAUUAAAAUAGUGUACAAA